CCCCCCCCCCCGGCGGCGAGCCCCGCUCCCCAUGACUCCCGCCGGCCGGCCGCUGCCCCGGUGCGGAUAGGGCGGAGGCGGGAGCGUCUCCCGUCCCUUCUCCUCCCCCCGCCUCCCGAGCUGUCGCUGAGACCCUUCGCCCGCGGCGGGCCUCUGCCCUCCUCCCGCCGCCUCCAGCCAUGACUUCCCUGACCCAGCGCAGCUCCGGCCUGGUGCAGCGCCGGACCGAGGCUUCCCGCAGCGCCGCCGCCGCCGACAAGGAGCGGGGAGCGGGGGGCGGCCCGGAGGAUGAAGGCCGCCGGGACGACUCCGGCGAGGACGAGAAGGGCGACUCCAAGGAAACGCGGCUCACCCUCAUGGAGGAGGUGCUGCUGCUGGGCCUCAAGGACCGUGAGGGUUACACAUCAUUCUGGAAUGAUUGCAUCUCCUCAGGAUUGCGUGGCUGUAUGUUAAUUGAAUUGGCAUUGCGGGGGCGUCUUCAGCUAGAGGCUUGUGGAAUGAGGCGCAAAAGCCUAUUAACAAGAAAGGUGAUUUGCAAGUCAGAUGCUCCUACAGGGGAUGUUCUGCUUGAUGAAGCUCUGAAACACAUAAAAGAGACCCAGCCUCCUGAAACAGUACAAAAUUGGAUUGAACUGCUUAGUGGUGAAACAUGGAACCCACUGAAGUUGCACUACCAACUGCGAAAUGUCCGUGAACGGUUAGCUAAAAAUCUAGUGGAAAAAGGUGUACUGACAACAGAGAAACAGAACUUCCUUCUUUUUGACAUGACUACACACCCUCUCACCAACAACAAUAUCAAACAGCGCCUCAUCAAGAAGGUUCAGGAAGCAGUUCUUGACAAAUGGGUGAAUGACCCUCACCGCAUGGACAAGCGCUUGCUAGCACUCGUUUAUUUAGCCCAUGCUUCAGAUGUUCUGGAGAACGCUUUUGCCCCCCUUUUGGAUGAGCAGUAUGAUUUAGCCACAAAGAGAGUGCGGCAGCUUCUGGAUUUAGACCCUGAGGUUGAAUGUAUGAAAGCCAACACGAAUGAGGUUCUGUGGGCUGUUGUAGCAGCUUUCACAAAAUAACUGCAUUCAGACUGAAGUGUUCUCUAUUCUUUCAUGUGAACCAGUUGUUUCUCUUCUAUUGACUAUUCAUGUUUUCUGUAAUUUGUACCUUCUCACAUGAUGAAUCGGCUCUUGUUUAAUGGGAAUUAUAAGUGGUGUAUUCCCUCCUUCUCUGUGUAUCUGUAUACAGGAUUCUGCUGGUACAAGAGACCUUCCUGUUUAAAAGCAACAGAAAAAGGUUUUACUGCCAUAUUGGCAUUCCAUUUCCUAUUCAGUUUGAGUUAUCUGAAAUACUUUUUUAAUCUAUUUUUCAUUUUAUUGUUAUUGAAGUGGUUUAACAUGGGAAGCACCUCAAGGAGGAAACAUGCAUGCAGUUGGAUCACUAGUCUCAGCUGACACAGAUGUGUGCAUGCAUCAAUACUUCUGCAUUACAAUUCAUAACAGAUUAAAAAGGGCCUUUUAAAAUCACCAAAGCUCCAUGUUGAAGUGUCUGUCAGGACAUUUUAUACACAGAUGUUUCAAUUAUAUCUAACAAAAUUACUUUAAAAGCAGAAAUGCCAUUAAGUAGCUUUGCCUAUAGUUCCUGUAAAAUGUCCCACAAAUUUUACUUCUCAUGCAAGUCUUUUGUAUACUUACAUUUUCAUUAGAACAAUAGGUGAGUCAUAAGGCUAGUAUAGAAAGGUCCAGUUGUUUCAUAAACCAGUUUUGGGAUGGGAUACAUUCCAUUAUAUUGUAUAUAUAGUUCAAAUUGUAUAUUAACAACUGCCCCAUCUUAGUAUUUUGCAAGAUCUACUUAGUUGUACACCUGGUGCCCCUUAUUUGCUGUCAGCCAUUGCCAUUCGAUGGGAGGAAAGGCCUCCUGUAAAGAGCAUGUAUGUGAAAACUGUUUGUUUCCAGUGUCUACAAAGUUUGCCAUCCGGGUGUUCUCAGUCUAUGCAUUGCCUUUGAUAAUUAGUGUAUGGAAAGAGACCAUUUUCUAUCAUUGUACUCCCCACCCCCACCCCCUGCUUAUGGAAGAGGCUCAUGACCAG